CCUGGACGGGGCGGAGUCAUAGAGGGGGCAGCCGGGUGACUGGAAAUAUCGCAAACGGGACGGGGCCGUGAGGGACAGUUACUCUGGAUUUAAAGCCACUUUGUGUGACCUGCAAGCUCUACUCAUGCCGUCCCUCGGAGAGAUAUGGCUGAUGAGAACAGCAGCUGCCUGGAGCCGACCUUCUCCAUCGGCGUAGACCUGAGAAACCGAGUCCUGCAGUUUGUGGAGGAGAAGCUGCAGACCACAAUGCUGACGGGCAUCGUCAUCGGAGCGGCGGUUGCCAUAUCCCUUAUUGGGGUCAUCGUGUUCAUCGUCUACAGGAGGUUCAGGCUUUCCAAGCAGCAGCAGCCAGAAGUUCCCCGGUACCGGUUCAGGAAAAGAGACAAAGUCAUGUUUUACGGGCGGAAGAUAAUGCGGAAGGUCACUACUCUUCCAAACACUCUGGUUGGGAGUACGGUUGCCAGACCCCGGAGUAGGAAGCGAACCCGAGUCCUGACUUUGGCCAAAAGAAUACUCCGUUUUAAGAAAGAAUACCCCACGCUGCAGAAGAAGGAGCCGCCGCCGUCGCUCCUGGAAGCAGAUCUCACCGAGUUUGACGUGAAGAAUUCUCACUUGCCCUCUGAAGUUCUCUACAUGCUGAAAAAUGUCAGGGUGCUCGGUCACUUUGAGAAGCCUCUGUUCCUGGAGCUUUGCAAGCACAUGGUGUUCGUGCAGCUACACGAAGGGGAGUACAUCUUCCGCCCGGGGCAGCUGGAUAACAGCAUCUACGUGGUGCAGGACGGCAUAUUGGAAGUCUGCAUUCAGGAGAACGACGGGAACGAGAUGGUGGUGAAAGAGGUUCCCCCUGGAGACAGCGUCCACAGUUUGCUCAGCAUUCUCGACGUUAUAACCGGACACCCGGCUCCUUAUAAAACCGUUUCGGCCAGAGCGGCCACCGCUUCCACCGUCCUGCGGCUUCCCGCCAACGCCUUCCAGGACGUGUUUGCCAAAUACCCGGAGACGCUCGUCCGGGUCGUCCAGAUUAUUAUGGUGCGACUUCAGCGAGUGACUUUCCUGGCGCUACAUAACUACUUGGGUCUGACCACCGAACUCUUCAACUCCGAGAGCCAGGCCAUUCCUUUGCUGUCGGUAGCGAGUCUGACCUCCGGAAGCGGUAAAAGCAUCAAGAAACAGACGUCCACCGUGUCCACCGACGAGGAUCACGGAGGAUCCGCUGAGAAGGCCGUGGAGUGUCUGCCGGAUCCGGACGCAGGAGUCCUGGACCCCAGCAAGUUCUCUGCCGUUGACGGUUCGGUCAGUGGUCACAGGAGAAGCCGGUCAUCUUCCAACCUGGCCGACAUCCCCGGGAGCCCCAAGGCAACCAAAUCCGAUAUGGACAUGGCUUACGAGCGCGCCCGCGUGAGUCUCACCCCCGACGACCCGCCGCCGAGCCCUAUAAUCAACAAGCCCAUCCUGAAGAAGUCGGUGACCGUCACGGAGACGCCGUCGGCCGUCUAUCACUACAAGGAGGAAGAUCUGCUCAUCCCGGAGUUCAGCGUCAACAGACACAUUAACGCCAUGUUUGAUGCCGCAAAAAAAGACCUCUCGACCCUGAUGAAGCUGCAGGACCCGACGCUGCUGAACGGAAGAGUGACUUUGCAUCAGGUGAAAGGCUGCACCGUCUUAUCAAGGCAGGGGGACCAGGACGUGAACAUCCGCUUCGUGAUCUCCGGCCUGCUGCACGUUUACCAGCGGAAGAUCGACCGAGAGGAGGAGACGUGUCUGUUCAUCACCCACCCGGGGGAGCUGGUCGGUCAGCUGGCCGUCCUCACCGGGGAGCCGCUCAUCUUCACCAUCAAGGCCAACCGGGACUGCACCUUCCUGUCCAUCUCCAAGUGCCACUUCUACGAGAUCAUGCGUGAGCAGCCCAGCGUGGUGCUCGGCGUGGCCCACACCGUGGUAAAGCGGAUGUCUCCCUUCGUGCGGCAGGUGGAUUUCGCGUUGGAUUGGAUGGAAGUGGAGGCCGGACGGGCCGUGUACAGGCAGGGAGAUAAAUCGGAUUCGACGUACAUCGUCCUGAACGGGCGACUCCGAUCCGUCAUCAGGAAGGACGACGGGAAGAAGCAGCUGACCGGUGAAUACGGCCGCGGAGACCUGAUCGGGGUGGUGGAAGCGUUAACCCACCAGCCGAGAGCCACCACGGUGCACGCCGUGCGAGACUCGGAACUGGCCAAGCUACCCGAGGGAGCCCUGACGUCCAUCAAACGCAAGUUCCCCCAGGUCGUCACCCGACUCAUCCACCUCCUCGGGGAGAAGAUACUCGGCAGCUUACAGCAGGUCAACGGACCCCUUACCGGGCACGGGCUGGGGCUACACACCACGGGCAACAAAUGGGAUUCUGGGAACCCGGCCAGUAACCUCUCCACCGUGGCCAUCCUGCCGGUGUCUGAGGACGUUCCUCUGACGGCCUUCACUCUGGAGCUGAAACAUGCGCUGAGCGCGGUCGGCCCCACGUUACUUCUCACCAGCGACAACAUCAAGCAGCGCCUGGGAUCGGCCGCUCUGGACAGCGUCCACGAGUACAGACUGUCCAGCUGGCUGGGGCAGCAGGAGGACAUUCACCGCAUCGUCCUCUACCAGUCCGAUUACUGCCUCACCCCCUGGACCCAGCGCUGCAUACGGCAGGCGGACUGCAUCCUCAUAGUGGGGCUGGGGGAGCAGGAGCCCACUGUGGGGGAGCUGGAGAAGAUGUUGGAGAACACGGCCGUGCGUGCGCAGAAACAGCUCAUCCUCCUGCACAAGGAAGACGGCCCCCCUCCGUUCCGCACCGUGGAAUGGCUGAACAUGAGGAGCUGGUGUUCGGGGCAUUUGCACCUAAGCUGCCCCCACCGGGUUUUCUCCAAGAGGAGCCUGCCCAAGCUGAUCGAGAUGUACGAACGCGUCUCCCAGAAGCCGCCGGACCGGCACUGUGAUUUCUCGCGCCUCGCCAGGGUUCUGACUGGGAACGCGAUUGCCCUCGUACUGGGAGGAGGCGGAGCCAGAGGCUGUUCCCAGGUGGGGAUCAUCAAAGCCCUGAUCGAGUCCGGCAUCCCCAUCGAUGUGAUCGGCGGGACGUCCAUCGGCUCCUUUAUGGGGGCUUUAUACGCCGAGGAGCGCAGCUUCAACCGCAUGAAGAUCAGGGCCCGGGAGUGGUGCAUGGACAUGACGUCCGUCUUUAAGAAAGUUCUGGAUCUGACGUACCCGAUCACGUCCAUGUUCUCCGGCGCCGCGUUUAACAACAGCAUCAGCAGCAUCUUCAAAGACAAGCAAAUCGAGGACCUCUGGAUUCCCUAUUUUAACAUCACUACGGACAUCACAGCGUCGGCCAUGCGCGUUCACACGGACGGCUGCCUGUGGAGAUACGUGCGCGCCAGCAUGUCUCUGUCGGGGUACAUGCCGCCCCUCUGCGACCCCAAGGACGGACAUCUUCUGAUGGACGGCGGGUACAUCAACAACCUUCCAGCGGACGUGGCGCGGUCCAUGGGGGCCAAAGUGGUGAUCGCCAUCGACGUCGGCAGCAGAGACGAGACGGACCUCGCCAACUACGGUGACUCUCUAUCUGGGUGGUGGUUGCUAUGGAAACGGUGGAACCCGCUGGCCGAAAAAGUGAAGGUGCUGAACAUGGCGGAGAUCCAGACGCGCCUGGCGUACGUGUGCUGCGUGCGGCAGCUCGAGAUGGUGAUGAACAACGAAUACUGCGAGUACAUCCGGCCGCCGAUCGACCGCUACGGCACGCUGGAGUUCGGCAAGUUCGACGAGAUCUGCGACGUCGGGUUCCAGCACGGGAAAACGGUUUUCAGCGUCUGGGGCCGCAGCGGCGUCAUCGAUAAGAUGCUGAAGGACCGGCAGGACACGAGCAAAUCCAAGACGUCGGACCUGAACACCUGCCCCAACGCGUCCUUCACGGAUCUGGCGGAGAUCGUGUCCAGGAUCGAGCCGGUGAAUACGGCCGUGGUGGAUGACGAAUCCGAUUAUCAGACGGAAUACGAAGACGAGGAAAUCUCGGACUCCAAACGCGAGGAUUACCUCAACUUCCUGAGCACCCAGAGCCAGGACGACGUAUCGGACAGCGACGACGACGCGGAAAUGGAGGUCCGCAAACGGCCGGCGCGGCGCCAGGGGGCAGAUAAAACGCAGGAGAUCAGCUGAACCCCCCCCCCCUCGGCUUUACCCCGGCUCCUGCCCUCCUGCCUCGGCGGGGUCUCCUGCGCGGUUCCAGCUCCCGGUGACGGGCAACUUCUAGAAAUGCAAUAUGUAGCACGUAGGGGUGAGCAAGGAGCGGCCCCCCGGACUCACCCUGCCUACAGAGUCCGGCAAGAGCCAAAAACUUUCCAGCCUUAAACGCUUAUCAUUUCACGGCUUGUGCCAUCGGGCGAUCGGAUACAGAGGGUGCGGCGGGCGAUCGG